AUGUCCACCCUCGCCACUGCAGACCUCGGCCCAUCAGACGAUGAGGCUGAUGACGACUUUGUCCCCUCCGGUCCCAAGCCAAAGCGCCCCAAGGGCAAGGGUAGCAAACGUCCCCGGUCGGGAUCCCAGAGCAGUUCCGGCUCCGGCUCGUCCGACGACGAUGGCGACGACGACGAUGUCAACGACGAAGUGAAGCGUCUCAGGGCUGAGAGGGAAGAGGCAUUGGCUGCUGAGAGGAAGCAGCGCGCCGCAGACGCGUUCCGCGCCAUGCAGGAGGAGGCUAGGACACCAGCGCCCAAGGUGGAUUCGCCGGCGGCGAACAAGGACGAGGUUGAGAUGGUCGAGGUCAAGCGACCAAGGAGGUUUGCUGGCGAGACAAUCUACGAGACUGUUCGACUGCCAAAGGGCGACCCCGAGGCAAUCAAGUACCUUGCUCAACAGGCCGCCGAGGCCAAACCGCAAGAAACUGCCCCAACUCCGCAGGCUGCCGAGACCUCUGCAGCGGCUCCUGAGCCCACUGCUACCACUAUCAGCUCUGCCGAUGCCUCUAUCGCCCCCUCUACAGCUAUUGCCGCUCCGAUAGCUGCCCCACCGCGGAGAGGACCACCAAUGCGCAAGCGCCCGCGUCAGUCACUCGAGGCCAUGGCUGCAGCCAUCGACAAGGGCAAGAAGAUGACCACGCUUGAAAAGUCACAAAUGGACUGGAACUCGCACAUGGCCACCGAGACCAAGCUCGCGGACGAGGUGGCGCAGCACAGGAGAGGCGGAGGAUACCUCGAGAAGCAGGCGUUCCUUGAACGCGUAGGCGAGCGUCGGUCUAUGGGCCCCGGUGGCGGGUCGACUUCUACGUCUAGGAGAGGGUAG